AUGCAGUACAACAACAUGAUGUAUGGGGUAUUGGGGCAGGUCAUUGAAACAGUGACUGGGCAGUCCUUCAACCAGGUACUCCGCGAACGGCUACUUGAUCCAUUAGGGAUGGACGGCACCUGGCUUGGUAUUGAACGAGCAAGUGUGAUAGUCGGACCAGAAAAGAGUAAGUGGUCAAGACCAUACCAUUGGAGAGAUACGACAGAAGACAACAAAGACCCUGACAAACCAAAGAGUAACGACGACGACAGCGAAGAGUCUGGACUUUACUAUCCGAGCCACUGGUCGACACUUGCUGGCCUUGAUCCCGCUGGUGCUCUGAUCUCAAGUGUCAGAGACUACGCCAAGUGGAUCAAAGCUAUGCUCGAGGUUGCUGAACCUCCGCCAGAAGCCAUUGACAACGCAGAUGGCGACUCGGACACCCCCAAAACCAAGUCAAAGAGCCCCAGCAACCCCUUAACAACCCAUCUCUUCCGAACCUUGACAACUCCGUUGAUCGCUAUGCCGACGCACACCCUCCAGCCAUCACCACUGUUCAAAGCCACCCCCAAUGCACACGCCCAGCCUAUCGGCUACGCCAUGGGUUGGUACUCCGAUCCCCAUGUUUUACCCGGCGACAUCAUGAUAUCACACGGUGGCGGCCUUCCUGGAGUCGCCACUGUGAUUGCCAUGCUACCUAAUCACGACUUUGGGAUGGUACUUGCUGGCAACAGUAGCAACGCAAACCUCUUGAUUGAGGCUGUCACAAAAGAAUUGAUGGGAAGGAGAGCGGGCUGGUCGGAGGGGAGGCGUCGGAAACACCAUGAUGAUGAGGCGAAGAAGAAGGCGAAAGAGGCGGAAGCCAGAGUUCUGAAGGAACUCGAGGAUAUGCCGGGUCCUGGAUCAGCAAGUGAAAAUGAUGAGGCAGCUAUCGAUGGGGUACCUUCGGAGUCCUUCGACAAGCUUGACUUUGCUGGCAAGUAUCACCAUGCCGCGUAUGGUACAUUCACCCUUGCGUCCACCUCCCAAGCCACUGCGCUCUCUCAGCGAAAGCCCACCUUGGAAGAUCGAGACAUGUUACGCCCAAAAACGGAGCCAAAGGACAUAAAGAAGCCGAAACUUACAGUGCCGCCUCUCGUGAUGGCUCCGCUUGGUCGGAGAGGACUUGUCUAUCGCUUCUUGCUACACCCAUCGACGUCGAAAAUAUCAAAGCACCCGAAGAACGUGAUACCGUUGUCAAUGGAAUGGGCCAUCUCGCACGGCGAGUUCUCCGAAUGUUCGUUUCCCGAGCUCGACAAAGGCUGGGGCCUGCCAGAUAACGACAUCUGUCCUGGACCGCCAGUCAAUAAGAGAGAGGGAAUAUGGGAGACCACGCCGGUGAAGCCCGGUGCUGGAGCUCUCAUAGUGAGUGCUGAUGAGGACCAGAAAACGCGGCGGGUUUUGGAAGUAGGCAUGCGUCUGGCAAGGGUGGAAGAUCCGCCUGAGGAGGAAGAGCCAGCAGAUAAGACUGACGGAACUGAUGAGAAAGCUGCAGGUAAUAAUGAGGGUAAGCAGCCCAAAAAUUCAGAGUCAGAGAAGCCAGAGCUGGAAGAUGGUUGGCAGAAUCGGAUGGUAUGGUUCACAAGGGUACUCGAGUAG